AUGAGUUGCAUAUUCUGGAAUUGUCAAGGGCUCGGGGCACCCUUGACAAUUCACGUUCUCGGAGACAUUCUCCGGGAUUGCAGGCCCCUGCUUGUGUUCCUUUCGGAAACGAAAGGAACACGUCCUCUUCUUGAAAAAUUGAAAAGACGUUGGAAUUUGAACGGGUUUGGAAUAGAUAAGGUGGGGAAUUCUGGAGGCUUAAUAUUAUUUUGGCAAAAAGAAGUGGAGGUUGAUCUCAUUAGUUACUCGAACAACCAUAUUGAUGCGGAGGUUCUUGACAAGAACCACAAUAGCAAAUGGCGAGUGACCGGGUUCUAUGGAUUCCCUGAGAUUUCUCGUCGGCAUGAAUCGUGGGCUAUUCUCCGCCAACUUAGGAACCAUCGUAACUUGCCGUGGGUUGUCGGCGGCGACUACAAUGAAAUUCUUAGCAACAACGAAAAAGAGGGUGGUCUCUCCCGGCUCCCGGCACAAAUAGAGGCCUUUCGCGAAGCACUUGAUGAUUGUGGUUUGACGGAUCUGGAAUUUGAAGGACCUCGUUUUACCUGGUCGAACAACCGGGACCACCCAUAUACGGUCAGAUGUCGACUCGACAGAGUAUGUGCUAGUGCUGAUUGGUUACUAAAGUUCCCUAGAGCUUUGGUACAUCAUAUGGCGUACUCAGGGUCUGAUCACGUCCCGCUUCAACUCGUCCUUGACCCCGCUCAGGCAGAUUCUGAACGAAGAAAGAAACGACCAUUUCGGUUUGAGGCUAUAUGGCUACGUCGAGACGAUUGUGAGGAGAUUGUUCAACAAAACUGGCAAAACCAAGGGAUCUCGGACCCAAUUGAAGAUGUUGUGCAGAAGAAAAAAGGUCUUCGUCUCGCUCUUAUUCAUUGGAACAAGGCCACGGUCCAGGCUCCGCGGAAACGGAUCAAUCAACUCAACUGGCGGAUCCAUUAUCUUCGGGGAAUCACACAAUCGGAAAUAACAAAGGAGCAGAUUCGGGUUUUGAAAUUGGAACUGGAAAGAGCAUAUGAGGAUAAUAAUCUGUAUUGGAGGCAGCGCAGCAAGAUUCAAUGGAUCCAAGAAGGGGAUCGGAAUACUAAAUUCUUCCAUGCUAAGGCUACAUCGCGUCACAGAAUUAAUAGAAUGGAACGACUUAAAGGAGCGGACGGGGAAUGGAAGGAAUCCCAUCAUGAGAUUGAGCAGAUUAUAUCUGAUUAUUUUAAUCAGCUCUUCACUUCUACCGAGCCAAACGAGGAUGAGAUAGAAGAGGUAUUGACGAACGUGGAGAACAAGAUAUCUAGUGCGGCCGGUCACUUGCUUUCUAUGCCUUUCACCGCGGAGGAGUUUGGCUCGGUUCGCCCAACCCGAGGAUUACGACAAGGGGAUCCUCUCUCCCCCUACCUCUUCAUUUGUUGUGCAGAGGCAUUGACUGCAAUGAUUACAAGAGCAACGGAAAGGGGAGACUUUCAUGGGGUUCAGGUUGCUCCUAGUGCUCCUACGAUUUCCAGUUUAUGUUUUGCAGACGACACGUUCAUAUUUGGCAAAGCAACUGAGGAGUGUGCUACAACUCUCAGAACGAUCCUCACAAAAUAUGCACGAGUAUCGGGGCAGGAAAUAAAUAUCGACAAAUCAACAAUGUGUUUUUGUCCGGCGACACCUUUAGAUCGACGAGAAGCUAUUCAACAAAUCCUUCAAUUUCGGGUAGUCGACGGCCAUGAUAGAUAUAUGGGGAUGCCUGCAUUAAUUGGUCGGACUAAAAAAAAGAUCUUCUCAUAUCUGCGCGAUCGGGUCUGGACUCGUGUAAAGGGUUGGGGUGAAAAGCAGUUAUCACAAGCCGGCAAGGAAGUGCUAAUUAAAUCAGUUCUACAAGCUAUUCCAGCUUAUAUCAUGAGCUGUUUCUUUCUCCCCAACGGACUUAUUUCGGAAAUCGAGCGAGUCAUUCGACGCUUUUGGUGGGGUAAGGGAGACAGUAAAGGCAUGGCAUGGGUUUCGUGGAAGGAUUUAUGCAAAUCGAAAGAACAAGGUGGUCUCGGGUUUAGGGAUUUACGAGCUUUUAACACGGCAAUGAUCAUGAAACAAGCGUGGCGUAUUUUAGUCUUCCCGGACCUGCUUAUGUCACGGAUUAUGGCUGCCAGGUACUUCCCUCACGGAAAUCUUCUAAUGGCUGGAGCUGGCUACCGACCGUCAACGACGUGGAGGUGUAUCUGGAAAACCAUUCCUUAUCUCCAAGCUGGGCUACGACGCCGGAUAGGAAACGGGGCAAACACAUCUAUAUGGGCUGACCCAUGGCUCAGAGAUGGCGGAAAUUUCAAAAUUAUUACCGUUAGACCGAUAUCCUCAGCUUUCCCAGACCGAGUUUCGGACUUGUUGGAAUCAGACUCUAAUUCGUGGAAUUUACAACUUGUGCAUAACAUAUUUUGGGAAGUGGACGUGGAUAGGAUCUUGGGGGUUCCAUUAGGCGGACCUCACACAAAUGAUUCUUGGGUGUGGCACCACUCGCCGAAAGGUAACUUCACGGUGAGAUCUGCCUAUCACAUGAUUCUUAAUAAUCAUAAUUUAUCUAGUCCUAUGGGUAUCGGAAAUAAUGGUUCAAUUAGUGGAACAAAUAAUCGUGAAUGGAAAUGCAUUUGGCGGUUGCCUAUACCACCUAAAAUUCAGAUUUUUUUGUGGCGAUUUUGUGGAAAUAAUCUACCAACCAAUGAGGAGCUGCAUCGUCGCCGGAUUAUUACCUCACCUGCUUGUCGUCGUUGUGGAGCUAGUAACGAAUCAACGUUACAUGUUAUCGCUACAUGUAAAGGAAUGAACAAGGUUUGGGAAAACUCACCUUUUGGCAUCAACCCAAGUGCGGCAUUUUCAUCCCCGUGGCAAUGGUGGCUCCAUAUGAAACACUCGCUAGAUGAGAACAUUUUUUUAUGGGCCAUGGUGAUCGCAUGGAAGGCGUGGGAGAGCCGUAACAGAGAGAUUCACAAUGAGGAGGUGAUAGGUGCCGACGAACUGCCUAGUUGGUGUAGCCAUUAUCUGGUAAACUUCAAAUCCAAUCAAAUCAGGCCUAAUCCUAGUCUUCAACUAAUUCACCCGACGGAGUGGAAGCCACCGGAGAUGGGGGUGUUGAAGAUCAACUUUGAUGUCGCUAUACGACGUGGAGAACCAAAGUUGGCGGUUGCAGCGGUGGCACGGAACCAUGAAAGAAUAUGCGUUGGAUGGAAAGUGGUACUAAUUGAUGGAAAUCUUAAUCCCGUUGAAGGUGAAGCUAUGGCUGCUCUACAUGCCAUCAUGCUAGCAUCUAUGAACGGAUGGAACGAAGUUAUUUUCGAGGGUGAUUCUUUGCAGGUGAUUCAGGCACUUCGAGCGGGUGGAGGUGACAUGUUACCAUUCGGCGCAAUCAUCGAUGAAUGCAUUUAUUUAGCAAAUGUUUUCACGAGUUUUUCUUUCUCGUUUGUUAAGCGUUCGGGCAAUUCUUUAGCUCACGCUCUUGCUCAUCUUCAAUGUAUUGAGACACUUGAAGGAUUUACGCUUCCGUAUGAUUUGGCCAAUAUGGCCUAAUAAAAUUUUCUCUUCUUUCAAAAAAAAAA